AUGGCCGGUAAAGGCAAGGGAAAGAAAAAGGAAAAGAAAGAUAAAGAAGAAGGAGGGGACAAAAAGAAGUCUAAGAAAGGCGGAGGGAGAGCUAAGAAGAGUAAAGCCAAAGGAAGAUGCAAUGUGGACAUGUUGACUGAAUCUGCUAUGGACAAUGUGUACUACGCGUGUCAUAAUGUUCAAGAAUUGCUUCAAGCGAGAGGCUUUCAUCCUCCAGACUUUAAUAAGAAGAAAAAGAAAGGAAAACGU